AUGAAAGUAUUUACAGUUGCUAGAUUAAAACCAGGAGAAACAAAAAUAACAAUUGAUAAAAAUUAGUUAAGAAUUCUAGACAAGUCUUAUGAAUUUGAUGUAAUUUUAGAUGAAUAAACUCAAUAAGAUGAAUUAUAUGUUGGAUUGAAUAUUGGCCAAUUACUCGAAUAAUUUAAAAAUGGAAUUAGUUAAGUGAUUUUCUGUUAUGGACAAACCGGGUCAGGCAAGACGUAUACAGUGAAUUAAUUAAUACCUAUGAUUUUGCCAUAGAUUCUGGAGAGUAAAUUUGAAAUUUCCUUUUCUGUUCUCCAAAUUUAUAAUGAAAAAAUAUUGGACAUGCUUUAUAAAUAGCAGUUAAAAUUAAGAUAUAAGAAUAACGAAUUUGUGCCAGAAAAUCUCACGAAAUUUAUAUGUCGCUCAUAAGAGGAGUUAGUAAAAUUAUAUAAUAAAGCCAAUAAAAACAGAAUAAUUAAUUCUCAUUAACUAAAUGAUUUUUCAAGUAGGUCUCAUUGUAUAUACACAUUUCAUGGUCAAACUACUGAUUUGUAAUGUGAAUUUAAUAUAGUGGAUUUGGCUGGUUCUGAAAGAUUGAAUUAAACAAAGGUAUAACAAAUUCAAGAGAGUGUUGAAAUAAAUAAGUCUCUAUUUUAUUUGAGAUAAGUAAUCUAAAAUUUAGCUGAUAAAGUUUAAUAAAUACCUUAUAGACAGUCAAAGUUAACAAGUCUUUUGAAGAAAAGUUUAAAUGGCAAAUCAAAUGUUGUAAUGGUGAUAUGUUUGAAUCCUUCUGAUGACAAUUUAUUGUAAUGUUAACAGUCUGCCUAAUAUGGAGUCAAGGCUAGAUAGAUUAUUUUAUAACCUGAAUAAUAGUAAGAUGAUUAAUAAAGAUAAAUAAGGGAAUUAAAAUAACAGAUAAUAAAUUUAGAAUAAUAGUUAAAGAUAGCUCAAAAUACUAUUAAGUCAUUGAAAUAGAACUAAUAGAAUCAAUAAGUUCAAUAGUAAUAGAAUAAUAUUUAAAUGGAGCAGAUUAAUUAAAUUAACAAUCUAUUGGGGUAAAAUAAAAAAUUAAGGGAUUAAAUGCAACAUAUCAAUGACUAGAAUUUUGUAUUGUCAUAAUUGAACCAUUAGAUGUAAAAUGAAAAUUAGGAUUUGAGAGAUAAGAUUAACAUAUUUGAGGAAAUAAUUUCUGAGGAUUUAAAGAAAAACAAGGAUCCUUUUAAAAAGGACUGGGUAGAAUUAUUCUAAGGGGAAGGUUCAAAUUAUUUGGAAAUAAUUAUUAAUAAAUUAUAAUAUUACAAGCAAUGGCAAGCUAAGUAUAACAAUGAAAAAAUAUUGUUGAAUCCAAUACAUUAAACAGUAAAAAAUGGUAGGAAUUAGAGAUCCUUUUCAAUUGGUAAAAGAGAAUUUAAAUUUUGA